UUUUAGAUAUUUUUAAAAGAAUUAAUAAUAAAAGCAUUGUUAAUGGCAAUCGAGCUUUCCUAAAUCUUUCCUUUCUCUUUUUUGCGAGAACCUAAUUAAGAAAUUAAAAUUCUCCCUUUUGACUAACAUUUUUUUUCAGAAGAAAUUUCUUGGAACUAUCCCAAUCCACUUGCUCAUUUCCCGUAAGCUCUAUAUAUACCUUUAGAAAUUUCUUCUUCUUGAUCUCCAGAGGUGUCUUAUUCAAUCCUAAAGCAAGAUUCAAGAAACGGAGAUGGCUACUGGGCUAUUGGAAGUGCAGCUGGUGAAUGCAAAAGGCCUCAGAGGCACUGAUUUCUUAGGUAAGAUUGAUCCAUAUGUUAUCGUGAAGUACAAAAACCAAGAGCGCGAGAGCAGUGUCGCCAGAGGUCAAGGUGGAAAUCCAGUGUGGAAUGAGAAACUCACAUUCAAGGUGGAAUAUCCAGGGCAAGGUGAAGAGUACAAGCUCAUUUUAAAAAUCAUGGACAAGGACACCUUCUCUGCUGAUGAUUUGCUUGGCCAUGCUACGAUCUAUGUGAAGGAUUUGUUGGAAUUAGGAGUGGAGAAUGGAACUGCUGAACUUCAUCCUCAAAAGUAUAGCAUUGUUCAAUCUGAUCAAUGUUACAAUGGAGAGAUUCAAGUUGGAGUCACUUUCACCCUCAAGGUGGAAAAUGGCAACCGUGAAGAAGAAGAGUAUGGUGGGUGGAAGGAAAGCUGUUUUUAGUUUUCUUGCAAGUUUGUUUGCAUGUAAAUAAUAGAGUUUUAUAUCUUGAUAGAGUUUAUCUAUUGAUAGAGUUUUAUCUCGUGAAGUUUAUCUCUUGUAUAUUUAUUAUCCCUUGUAUGUAUUGGUAGAUAAUUAUCUCAUAUAUUAGGUGAUAAUAUUUCUAUAACAGAUUAUAUCAGACUCGUACUCAACUCCAGUAUAUAUGUAACGCCAAUACUUAUCAACAAUAUAAGUUCAGUUUUCCCAAAA